UCGGAAUUCCCAUCGACCUGGACGACGACGAUUACGAUGGUCCGAGGAUGGCUCAAGCGGGCGCUACCAAAGCUGCUUGACGACCAGCACCCACGUCCGUGGCAGCGGCUGGCGACCUUGAUCUUGCUCGUCCCACUCGUCGCGUCGACCGCCGUGAGCCUCGAACCGUCGCAGAAUGCCAUCGACGUGCAAGCGGCGCGGGACCGUAUCGCGGCGCGGGCCCACGCCAACCGGCUGCGGGCCGAGACCGCGCGCAAGUCCCAGCACGUCGCCGCGCCUCGCCGCCCAACGGUCGCGACCGAGUCAACGCUGGAUCCAACGCUGCUACAGAAGCUGUGCGUGGACAUUGGCGCGAGCAGCAGCAUCGGCCUCCGCCAGGCCAUGGAAGACCGGUCGUGCGCCGUGACGUUUUCGACACCCGGCGACGACCCCGUCGCGUUCGUCGCCGUGUACGAUGGGCAUGCCGGGACGCACUGCGCGUCGUUCUUGGAGACGGCGCUCGUGCGCCAAGUGCAACAGAGCCUGUCGGCCACGACGCUGAGCUUUGGCGCGUUGCCGCAUGCCAUGCUUGGGCCGCUCCUCACGCAAGCGUGUGCGCUGGCCGACGACAGCUUUCUGCGGUCGCACGUCGCCGACGACAGCGGUUCCUGCGCGGCCUUUGCUCUCAUUGGCCGAGAGACUUUUGCCGUGGGCAACAUUGGGGACUCGCAGCUCGUGCUCGGACACAACGGCGAUGCGAUCGACUUGUGCGCGGUGCAUGCACCCAACGACCCGACAGAGAAGCGGCGCAUUGAAGCUGCGAACGGCCGUGUCCUCAACAACGGACGGUACAUCUUCGGCUACCUCGGCGUCUCGCGCGCCUUUGGCGACCGCAUGCUCAAAGAAGACUUGGCACGGCCCAUUGUCAUUAGCCAACCCGACGUGGUCGUGCGGGCACGGUCGCCACACGACGAGUUUCUCUUGCUCGCGUGCGACGGCCUCUUUGAAGUGAUGACGCCGGCGUCGGCCGCGAGCUUUGUGCGCGCGCAUCUGCAACACGACCGGAUGGGCCCGGCCCAAGUGUGUGACGCGCUCAUCGCGCAUGCGAUUGCAGCGGGGUCCACCGACAACGUCAGCGCCGUCCUCGUCGUCUUUGCCAAGUAGCAUUCCAGAACAUCAACAACAACAAAAUGGGGGUAGGUAGAGUACGGAAACGCGUCGCAUGUUGU